UGUGUGCGUGUGUGUGCGAGAGAGGAAUUUAUUUAAUCAAACAAACACUUCUACAGUAACACACAGCAUACUUAUUUAUCUGAUGCAGAACUCUGCUUGAACGCGAAGCAGCCAGCACGAUCCGGUACCCGGUGUUUUUGUACACUGAACAAUAGGCAAGCGGAGUAGGUUCGAUUCAAAAUUGUCUUAGAGAAGCGCGGUCAUAAAAUGACUGACGGAGGUAACCAACGCUCUGCUAAGAUAUAGUCGUUACUUCGCAAUCAAAUCGGCACUUGUGUGCCAACCAUGUCGUGCAACGGUAGCAUAAAUGUUGCGUUUGCCCAAUGGUGGUAACAGUGAUGAAUACCGUAGUGUCGCAAGCAUGACAUGACAUGACAUGACAAGAACUUUGCAAGGACCCGGGAUGAGCUGACGACUUCACCCAUGACGGUACUGGCAGGCCGAGACCUACCGCAACGUCAUGGGCCUUCUGGACAGCCUGGAGUUGAUGUUCUGGACUCUUGAGGGCGGAUUUCCAGGAGUCCUUGGUUUGAAAUGAAGAGUCCUCUAAGUUUAUUACAGCGUAGACUUAUAUACAUUUGCAAAGAGUAUUAUUACAAAUUACACAUAUGCAAUUACUUUUAGAAAGAACGACAACUCUAUAUUGAGAAAAUCCACUUGGCAGCGUGGAGUUUAGCAAACGCCCUUUCAGGCUUCCUACACACAUGUUUCACUUCGCGGUGUGUAUAAAAUCCUGCCAUCCUGUACCGCUAUCCUGAGCCACGUCGUGAGUCUCCACUCAUGCCCCUGUACAUCCCGCCAUGAUCAUCAAAGCCGAAGAAGAAGAAGAUGGGCAAAGAGAAUGUGCGCCAGCGCUUAGCCCUCAGGAUUUUUGGGACUAAAAUUGAAGGCUGUGUGUGCAAGUGGCGGGGUUUUCUCCUGCUCGCAUGGAUGUCGUCGCGGCCGCACGCCGCCUUGGCCGGCGCGCUGGACGACGCGAUACGCAAGGGCAACUGGACGGAGGUGCCCCUCUACCGGCUGGAAGCCUCGCAGGGCGUGCUCACCGAGGACUCCCUGUCGACUUUCACCUGCAUCGCGGUCACCGGCGGAGACGUCAGUUUCUCUUGGUCCCUCGACAAGCGGCCGGUCGACGAGGCGUUCACGAGCGAACCUCUCCGUGUCCCCAUCCUUUUCAUGGGCGUCGACUUGCACGUGAGCUUCGUCAGCCUGAACGGGUCCCUGCUUCCGGCCGGUCGGCGCGCCGACGUCACGUGCAGCGUCCAGCUUCUGCGUCGCGUUCCCGCCGCUUUCCACCUGUCGGCCAGCGUUCGGGUUGGCGUCGAGCGACUGCACAGCGGCUUCGGCGACCCCUGCCGGGCACCCAGCCAGUCCACGGCGCGCGUCGCUGCCAGGGCCUGUGUCGGUGAAGCCGUCGUGUGCAACUCUCGUCCCGCCGGGGACGGCGUGUGCGUGUGCGACCCGCACCGCGCGGUGCGCCACGACGAGCUGCGCGCUUGCGUGCUGCAGAAGAAGCUGGGAGAAUCGUGCCUCGUCGACGAGCACUGCGACGCGCGCAACCAGCGCUGCUACCACAACCACUGCGUCUGUCAGGAGUCGUACGAGCAACGCGAGCACACAUGCACCCAGAACGCCUCCCUGAACGGCGUCUGCGACGCCUUCCGGCUAUGCCCAGAGGGAACCGCCUGCACGGAUAACCUCUGCAAGUGCGCCAAGGGCUAUUACAACUGGGGAGGCAAGUGCCAGAAGCGCCUGCUAUCCGAGAGCCAGGGCAAAGCGGCUGUCGUGGGCAUUCUGAUGGUGUCCACUUUCAUAGUGGUGUUGGCCCUCGUGAUGCUGGCCCUGUACUUCUAUCGUCAUUCGUGCCGGCCCUCGCUCAUGGUCGAACGCACGAACAGCUCGUGGGACUUUUUUCCCACCGCCACGACCAUCAAGAAAGACUCGUACUGAUGACAAACUCCCAGGACGACAGUGUUCAUGAUACAGAACUUCGUGUUUGAUUUGUUACUUCCAGUGUGCCAAAGCAUUCAAAGUAAAAAAGCAUAUACAUA